UUUUUGAAGAAGUAAUAGUCUCUGACAUCACUGAACUGCAUAGUGAGUUUGCAAGUGGUUAGUUUGGGGUAACAGAGGAAGCAACUCCUUUACAGAUAAGCAAGCAGUGCAAUAGAGAGACACAUGCUAUUUCAUAAGGAUACGCCUGAUUUCCUGAAAUAACCAUGUUUUUGUGGCUUAAACUCUUAGCAUUUGGUGUUGCAUUUCUGAGACAGGAUGCUUUUGCCAAAGCAGGAGACAAAAAUCUGGCAACUGCCAGCUUUCCCCCCACUGUGUCACCUCCACCUGCACGCUUCACAUCACUCUCACUUCCAAGCACUGUUGAAGCAGCAAAUGAAAGUCUGGCAAGCACCAGCUCUCCUUCACCUGCACGCUCCACAUCACUCUCACCUCCAGGCACCACUGAAGAUUUCAAGUCAGCAGCAACUACACCUGGUGUCUCUCCUGCAGACAGCACAUACCUCUCCACGCACGCAGGCUCCGUCCCUGCCACGGGACUCGGCAAACCACCACGCAACAGCACUGCUCCCCUCACCACACCCACUCCCACUGCCUUCGAGAAUGCUUCAUCAGAUGAUUACAAUUCAACAUCCUUGCACAGCACCAUCUCACCAAUCAGCACACCAGCAAACACUGGGAUCAUCCCCUCUUACACAAUCGAACCUCCACCAGAAACAACUGUAGCACCUUGUGAUGAUAAAAUUCACAGCAACAUAAGAAGUGUAAAAGAUGAGAUUAACAUGGCUGAAGUUACACUGCAAAAUCUCAGAAAUAACAGAGAAUAUGUUAUUUUGAAGCCUGAUGAGAACUUAAGCGUAUAUUCCAGCAACAGUACAAUAAAACUUGAGAGAUGCAUGCGCUAUGCAGUCAGAACUGAAAAGUGCAAAGACACUUAUCUUAUUAUUCCACCUGAGCGCAUUGAAAAUCCUUUCAAAGUUGAGAAUGUAACAAGCACAUCUGCAAAAAUAUGUUGGGAAAAAUCAUUGGACUGCGCUAAUGUGACUCUUAGCUGCAAACCUUCAUCAGAAUCUACAGAAAUAAAUCAAGUUUGUAAAGAGCUGGACACUUUAUUGCCCAACCACCAUCACAAGUGCACUGGCAGUGUACUUUUCUUUGGUGAAAUGAUUGUCAACCAAAACUUCACUAUAACAACAGAUUAUGAAGCUCCAGGAGCAGCAGAAAACCUUACAACAAAUAGUACUACCACAACUGUAUCAGUCACAUGGAAGGAACCUAGUGAUAUUUCAAAGCGUCCAAUUCAUGGCUACGAGGUGAACUGCAAUGGCAAAAAGAUAAAAUUAGUUGACACAACUAACUGUAUUUGUGAUGGAUUAGAACCUUAUACCAAUGGUUCUGUAUCUGUGACUCCAUAUGUGAACAGCAAAUAUAAUAAUAAAAAAAUUACGGGAAAAAUGGCGAGAUGCAAUUUUACAACAAAAUCAGCAAAACCAGACCCUGUGAGUGAUGUUAAUGCAACAUUGACAGCUGAUAAUGUUGUAGAAAUUAAGUGUAAAAGCCGGGGAGUGUAUGGAGCAAUGACAGUAUUUGAAUUGACUUGGGAAAAUGAUGGAACAACUGACACCAAACUAGAUAAAUGUGAUUUUAUAAAAAAAGAUCUCUUGUACUUGACGAACUAUACAUUUUCGAUCUUAGUGUUUAAUGGAGAACACAAAGGACAACCAGUAAAGAGCAGUAUAAAAACCAGAUACAAUUCUAGAGCCCUAAUUAUAUUCUUGGCAUUCUUGAUCAUUGUGACAUCAAUUGCUUUACUACUGGUUCUGUACAAAAUUUAUGAUCUUCACAAAAAAAAGCUUAGCAGUUCUUCUGAAGGCACAAGCCUUGUUGAAUUUAAAGAUGAUGACAAGCAACUUCUGAACAUAGAGCCAAUACCUGCAGAGCAAUUGCUGGACACGUACAAGAGAAAGAUUGCUGAUGAAGGAAGACUUUUCUUGGAUGAAUUUCAGAGUAUUCCUAGAGUUUUCAGUAAAUUUUCAAUAAAGGAGGCCAAGAAAAGCCAUAAUCAGAACAAAAAUCGUUACAUUGAUAUCCUUCCAUAUGACGAUAACCGUGUUGAACUCUCAGAAAUCCCAGGAGACCCAGGAUCAGACUAUAUCAAUGCAAGCUAUAUUGAUGGCUUCAAAGAACCAAGAAAAUACAUUGCUGCACAAGGCCCCAAGGAUGAAACCAUGGAUGAUUUCUGGAGAAUGAUCUGGGAACAGAAGGCAACAAUUAUUGUCAUGGUGACUCGCUGUGAAGAAGGAAAGAGGAAUAAAUGUGCUCAGUACUGGCCAGCAAUGGAGAAUGGCUCCGCAACAUAUGGGGACAUCAUUGUGAAGAUCAGUGGAAGUAAAACGUGUCCAGACUAUGUCAUUCAGAAACUACACAUCACAAACGGAAGAGAAAGGACGGCUGGAAGAGAUGUCACUCAUAUUCAGUUUACAAGCUGGCCAGACCAUGGAGUCCCUGAGGACCCACAUCUCCUUCUUAAACUCCGACGCAGAGUUAAUGCUCUCAGCAACUUUUUUAGUGGCCCAAUAGUGGUUCAUUGCAGUGCUGGUGUUGGGCGCACUGGGACGUAUAUAGGAAUUGAUGCCAUGCUGGAAGGGCUGGAUGCAGAAGGCAGAGUGGAUGUUUAUGGCUAUGUCGUGAAGCUGCGUCGGCAGCGGUGCCUCAUGGUCCAAGUAGAGUCACAGUACAUCCUUAUUCACCAAGCACUAGUGGAAUACAAUCAGUAUGGAGAAACAGAGAUCAGUCUCUCAGAACUACGUUCCUAUCUUAACAAUUUGAAAAGAAAAGAUUCUCCGAGUGAUCCUUCUUUGCUGGAGGCAGAGUUCCAGAGAUUACCUUCCUAUAAGGGGUGGCGAACACAGAACACUGGGAAUCGUGAGGAAAAUAAAAGCAAAAAUAGGAAUCCAAACAUAAUUCCAUAUGACUUUAAUCGAGUGCCAAUCAGGCAUGAAGAUGAAUGCAGUAAGGAGGGUGAACAUGAUUCUGAUGAUUCCUCCGAUGAGGACAGCGACUGUGAGGAGUCAAGCAGAUACAUCAAUGCUUCCUUCAUAACUGGUUACUGGGGCCCCAAAGCCAUGAUUGCAACACAGGGGCCACUGUUGGAAACUAUCUCUGACUUUUGGCAGAUGGUCUUCCAAAGAAAAGUCAAAGUCGUUGUUAUGCUGACAGAGUUGAAAGAAGGAGAUCAGGAACUCUGUGCACAGUACUGGGGAGAAGGAAAACAAACUUAUGAUGACAUAGAAGUUCAAAUGACUGAUGUCAACUGUUGUUCUAGCUAUACCAUACGUGCAUUUGAUGUUACACAUCUGAAGAUGAAAGAAACACAGAAGGUGUAUCAGUAUCAGUAUCACAACUGGAGUGGCUUCAAUGUUCCAGAAAACCCCAAAGAUUUGGUCAGUAUGAUUGUCAACCUAAAACAAAAAAUCCCGCGAAGAGCAGUGACUGAGGACAACAGGAGUAUCCGCAGCGUCCCGCUCGUCAUCCACUGCCGUGAUGGAUCACAGCAGACUGGUGUAUUUUGUGCUUUAAUGACUCUUCUGGAAAGUGCAGAAAUAGAAGAAGUAGUAGAUAUCUUCCAAGUAGUAAAAGCUCUUCGUCGCACCAGGCUGGGAAUGGUCUCCACCUUUGAACAAUACGAAUUUCUGUAUGACACCAUUGCCAGUACCUACCCUGCACAGAAUGGACAAAUAAAGAAAAACAGACAGCAGGAAGAUAAAGUUGAAUUUUGCAGUGAAGUAGAAAAAACAGAUCAGGAAACUGAUUUGAUCACUAUUGAUCUUACCCCACCAACACCAGAAGAAAAUGAGCCUUCUGAAGUACAUGAUGAUUCUAAGGCUGCAGAUAGCACUAAGGGAACAGAAAGCUCUACAAAUGGCCCCACAACUCCGGUCAUAACUUAGAAGUGAUUCUAAAAAAAAAGUGCUUUUUCAAAUGCAAAAAUUUUUCAACCAAAUAUGGAAUAUAAGAUUUCUUCCUCUUCCCAUCUUUUUUUUGGAAACGUUUACUAUUAUAUCAGUUUUUCAAAGGUACAAAUUUAAAGUAAUACUUGAAACUUGUAGAGAGUGAAGAACUGUGAAAGUUUAUUUUUUUGUGUAGAUUUGCAUUUAAUACUUCUUCAGAAACUUUUUCACUAUUUUUAUACUUUUUCUUUUAAAAACAUGUACAGUGUAAUACUAUGCGGAGCAGUGGGAAGGAAAUCUUUUGACUUCUGUAACAAGGGGAAAAGCAACUCAGAACAACAAGAUUAGUGCGUUUGCAGAACCAGAUCUGUCUUCAAAACUAUUAGCAAGUAAAUUAGCCUAAUUAGUAAGCAUGUAUUCUAGCAUUUCAGGAGGGCUGACUAAGUAUUGCUUUAAUAAUACUCUGCGAAAGUUGUGGGACCUUGCAAACAGUUUUAAGAGCUUAUAAGUAUGUCACAUGGCAAUUCCAAGGAAUUCAGAUUCAUGGAGAAUCUGCAAGUCCUCCUAUAUCAACGUGGAAAAGAAAUCUGUGCAUUUUUCCAACUCGCCUCAAGGUGUCCUUAUUACUCCACGUAUAUUAAUCUGAGAUUUCAACGCUAGAGUCAAAGAGGAGUUCGGAGAUUGGCAUUUGAAUGACUGCAACGAUUCUGAUAGAAAACAUAUUUUGUUUAUUCUUAGAACUUAUAAUACUGCAUGCUUGCAUAUCUGUUUGUUAAGCCUACUGUUAUUUAAAGGGACUGCUUCCAUGAAUGCCUCUGACCUGUUUUCAGAAUCGGAAAAUACUUAGGUGCUUUUCCUCCAAACCUUGUAGAUUUUAAUCAGUAGAGGAUUUUUUUUUGUUUCAUUAUGAGGUUUUAUAUGUUACAGUUGUGAUAUUUUUACUAUUUCUUGUUGGAUUUCAACCUACUGUUUUUAGAACAAAUAAAAAUGAUAAUUAAUA